GGCAAUAAGCUCACUGGUGCAGGCUGACUUGUGAUGCUGUUUUUAGGCUGUUUGUGUUAAUACACAGCUCUCCCAGGCUCUGCACACAAGCAGAAAUUUGGACACCUGAUACUUACCAAACAUAGUUUCCGUAGCAAAUGGACGGACGUGCUGUGUCAUGAGUUAUGCUUCCCUCCUUGCAGGGAUUUCACACUGUGAACACUACAUUUGCUCAUUUGACUUGGUCAAAUGCAAAACUCUUCACUUGCUCAGAAAACGGAUGGGAUUUUUGGGGAGGCUGUGGAGUAUUUAUAGGGAUUGGUGACAGGCAAGUUAUGUAUGCUGUUGUACUGGAUCUGAGUGACUCAGAUUGGGAUAGUGCAGUCUGCCCACAUCUACACAACACCUUCUGGCAGAGGAGCUCAAAGCGAAUCUGCUCGUUGUGCCUGUGAAGUAAUCUCUUCAUUCCAGCUGGGGAAGUUGGCCCCAGGAGUGCACAGCAUCCCAUAGAACACACAGCACUGGGAACAAAUGGUGUGGGGGCUUGACUGAAAAAAUAAUCAAGUGACACAAGUAAUCAGGCCUGGGGCCGAGAUCCUCCCAGUAUCCUAAGUACAGCUUCGUCUCCCUAAACAAUGGACCUGGUCUCAGUCUGUGUCAUAUCCAAGCUAGCAAAUGAGGGUGCUGUCGAUCAGAGGGGGCACCUUCUCCUUAACUUCUGCCAGGUUUCAGCAGAAUGUGGGGAUGGAGAAUGGGAUAUGCUGUGGCUACACCCCCAAACUAGUUGGAUCACUCCCUUUUUGAGAUGCUGGUGUCGCCCUAGGCUCAGUGGCUGCACCCUAGUGCUCAGCGAGUGGUUGUGUCAGCAUACUGCAUGGCUGAGGAGGGGGUGCUGCAGAAGAGGUAUGGGAUAAGGGCGUUCCUCCACAAGUCAAACCAGAGUUUAGCUUCUGGUGGUUCUGGCCAGUGAUGUGUAGUGAAUCCUCCUCCUCUUUCUUUUACAAGUGUGCAGUAAAAUGCCACAUCCCGUGGAUGGAAUCAAAGCCUUGCUCAAACAGCUGGGAAACAAAGUCUGAGGGAACUCCAAGAAAGUGGUGGGAAACACCACUGAAGGAAUAGCUGCCAGUUUCACCCCAUCCUGUUAGACCAAAGUGACAGCAGCUGUGUGGAAGGCUGGAGCUAGCCAGUGUAAGCUGGGUGAAGGAAGCUGUGAUAGGUAUGUGAUGUCCAACCGCCUCUGAGCUUUCCAUUACCACUCAUCCAUGUGCAAUGAUUUUUUUAAAAUAUGGUGAUGAUUUAACAUUUGCAGUUUUCUAGUGCCUGGAGGCCAAGCAGGUCAGGGCUCUGUGGUGCUAGGUUCUGGACAAAUCUGGUAAAUGACAAUCCCUGCUCCAAGGAGUUUAUGUGCUAGGAGACAAGGAAUCACAGGUGGCUGAGACACACAAGUGGAUUGGGAUGGGGAGUAAGGGGAGAUGGAACAACAACAGUUAAUGGGAUAUUAGUUAUUAUUUGUAUUGUGGUAGCACCUAGGAGCCCCAGUCGUGGAACAGGACCCCACUGUGCAAGGUAUUGUACUAACAGAAUGACAGUCAAAGCAAUGUGUGCAAUUCUCAGCCAACCACUAGCUGGAAUCACAGCUAAGCACGUGCCUAAUCAUUAAAGUGAAAGUUCAGAGGCAUGACUUCAGUGAGGAAUAAUCUACAUUUUCUUUGCUAAGCAAUUGCAGGGAAAAAGCAGAGAGCACACUGCAGGGGGGAUUCUGCAUGUCCCACGCUUACCUGACACUCAUGAGUUCGAUCUCACUUUUCUGGCCAAGCUCAGCUGCUGCCAGCGUAAACCAUGCAAAAGGUUAACAAAUUAGAAGCGAGUUAAGUGUCAAAGCAAAGCAUUUUCCCUACUCAGGGUAAUGCUGAGCCGCUCUGGAUUGAGAUUGAAAAUGUGGAAGGGCAGCAAGAGAUGUCAGCCAUGUCACUCACCCUGAAGCUGGGAUCAGUUCUCCAGCCACCUGCUGAGUACUGUGAAACUGAAGCCCUGCUUGGAACCACACAGUGCUUUAGUUGACCAAUAAGUGCAUAGAUCUCCCACUGCGCAGGGAAAGGAUGGACUACAGAAAUGCUACAAAAGAUCAAAUCAGAAACUGUGAAACUCGGCUCUAACUGGAGGAGGAAGAAAAUGCUGCUUUUGUUUUGCCACUGGUUCCUAAGCUGUCAAUCUUUUAAAACAAAUACAACUUUAUUUUGGGUUGCCUCCCCAAAAGCUCUAUGCAAUGUGAAAUAAUCGAGGUACAGAGAGAAAGUAUGUGCAGUCACAGAGGGAGUGAGAAGUUCUGAGGUAAAGGUGAGGGAGGAAAAGAAAUCCUCUCAGCUGAGAUCUGAAGAGAUGGAAGAGAAAGUAAAUGAGGUGGAGAAGCCACUCAAGGUGGCAAGAGCUGCAGAAAAGCUCAGCCAAUGACAAGCAUUGCAAAGUGGAGUCCAGAGUGCCACCUGAAGGCCAAAUACAGCCCAGAGAGCCACAAACCAUGGCCAAUGGCCGCCUUUUCCCGUGACUGCAAGAAUGGACUGCUGAACUAGGAAAUAUUCCAGACCCAAUAAUACAACAUUGCUGGACCACUCGCAGCUUUAUCUAUUACUAGUUAUUUAAACUGGACUUUUAAUAUCCUGCCAGCUGCUCUUCAGACACACAUGGUGCAUUGUUGUCAUUCCCAGAAUUGCAUCUUUGAAACCCAGGCCCUCAGUAACCUUCAUCGAACAAAGAGGCGACCUACAGGAUACAUUUAUAGUGGGGUUUUUCAGACCUACUGCCCUCUAGCUUUAUUCUCGCCAGUGCUGUAUUUCUAGCACACCAUGGAGCCCAGUAUGGAGUAUUGCUUAGCGCAGGUGCUUCAGAAAGACGUUGGAAAGAGACUUCAGGUUGGCCAAGAAUUGAUAGAUUAUUUCUCAGAUAAACAGAAGUCUGCUGAUCUUGAACAUGAUCAGACUUUGUUGGAUAAAAUGGUUGAUGGACUUGCCACGUCUUGGGUAAAUUCCAGCAAUUACAAGGUGGUUCUGCUGGGGAUGGACAUCCUGUCUGCACUAGUGUCACGGUUACAGGAUCGCUUUAAAGCUCAGAUAGGCACAGUGUUGCCAAGUUUACUUGACAGGCUGGGAGAUGCUAAAGACUCCGUGCGGGAGCAGGAUCAGGCUCUGCUGCUAAAAAUUAUGGAACAAGCUACUAAUCCUCAGUACGUGUGGGAUAGACUGUUGGGAGGAUUCAAACACAAGAAUUUCCGGACGAGAGAAGGGAUUUGCCUCUGCCUUAUUGCAACCCUGAACGUAUCCGGAGCUCAGAGUUUAACACUGAGUAAGAUUGUGCCACAUAUAUGUAACUUACUUGGCGAUCCAAACAGCCAGGUUCGAGAUGCAGCAAUAAACAGCCUAGUGGAAAUUUACAGACAUGUAGGUGAACGUGUAAGGGCAGAUCUCAGUAAAAAAGGAUUACCACAGUCUCGGUUGAAUGUAAUUUUUACAAAAUUCGAUGAGGUCCAAAAAUCUGGAAACAUGAUCCAGGGUGCAGGUGAUAAAAAUUUUGAUGAUGAAGACUCUGUGGACGGGAACAGACCUUCCUCGGCCAGUUCAUCUACAUCUUCAAAGGCCCCUCCAAACUCUCGCAGAGUUGGCAUGGGGGCAGCUCGCAGACUUGGGUCUGCAGCUCUGGGCUCAAAGUCCACAGCAGCCAAAGAGGGAGCUGGUGCUGUUGAUGAGGAGGAUUUUAUUAAAGCAUUUGAUGAUGUCCCAACAGUUCAGAUUUAUUCCAGCCGAGACCUUGAAGAAUCCAUAAACAAAAUUAGGGAAAUCCUAUCGGAUGAUAAGCAUGACUGGGAGCAGAGAGUAUCCGCACUGAAAAGGAUUCGAUCCUUACUAUUAGCUGGAGCUGCCGAGCAUGAUAACUUCUUCCAACACUUACGCCUGCUGGAUGGAGCAUUUAAAUUAUCUGCUAAAGAUCUGCGGUCUCAGGUAGUGCGAGAGGCGUGUAUCACGUUGGGACAUUUGUCUUCAGUUUUGGGAAACAAGUUUGACCAUGGGGCAGAAGCCAUCAUGCCAACCAUCUUUAAUCUGAUUCCUAACAGUGCCAAAGUCAUGUCCACUUCAGGUGUCGUAGCUGUUAGAUUAAUCAUCCGACAUACGCACAUCCCUCGGCUAAUACCCAUCAUAACCAGUAACUGUACCUCCAAGUCUGUUGCAGUUAGAAGGCGCUGCUUUGAGUUUUUAGAUUUGCUGUUACAGGAAUGGCAAACACACUCCCUAGAAAGACACAUCUCAGUAUUAGCGGAAACAAUAAAGAAGGGAAUCCACGAUGCGGACUCUGAAGCCAGGAUAGAGGCAAGAAAAUGUUACUGGGGCUUCCACAAUCACUUCAGCAGAGAAGCAGAACACUUGUAUCACACGCUGGAAUCCUCCUAUCAGAAAGCCCUGCAGUCUCACUUGAAGAACUCAGAUAGCAUAGUGUCCCUGCCUCAGUCCGAUCGGUCGUCCUCCAGUUCCCAGGAGAGUCUCAACCGUCCAUUGUCUGCCAAAAGAAGUCCUACUGGGAGCACUACAUCCAGAGCCUCUACAGUGAGUACAAAAUCCGUGUCAACCCCAGGAUCUCUGCAGCGGUCUCGCAGUGACAUCGAUGUGAAUGCAGCAGCUAGUGCCAAGUCAAAAGUAACAUCUUCUGGAGCUUCCACCCCCUUCAGUUCUGCAGCGGCCCUGCCCCCAGGCUCGUACGCAUCACUAGAUGGUACUACCACUAAACCUGAGGGUCGGAUCCGUACAAGGAGGCAAAGCUCUGGAAGUGCCACAAGUGUUACCUCAACGCCUGCCGAUACCCGAGGUCGCAGCCGUGCUAAAGUAGUUUCACAGUCCCAGCGAUCCAGAUCAGCUAAUCCUGCUGGUGCUGGCAGCCGGUCUAGUUCUCCUGGCAAGCUGUUGGGAAGUGCAUAUGGCGGUCUGACCAGUGGAACAGCUAGAGUCCCACCAGUGCCAUCAUCCUCAGAAAAACGCAGCAAGAUUCCUCGAAGCCAGGGAUGCAGCCGAGAGACAAGCCCCAACAGAAUAGGACUAGCACGGAGCAGCCGUAUCCCCCGACCCAGCAUGAGUCAGGGGUGCAGCCGCGAUACCAGCCGUGAGAGCAGUCGAGAUACAAGCCCUGCCCGGGGCUUCCCUCCACUUGCUUCUCGACGUCAUUCCAGGUCCACUAGUGCUCUCUCCACUGCUGAUUCUGUUGGGCAGUCAGACCGGUUUGGACUUGGACAGCCAGGCAGGAUGCCUGCUUCUGUGAAUGCCAUGCGAGUCCUGAGCUCAAGCACAGAUCUGGAGGCUGCUGUGGCUGAUGCACUGCUGUUAGGAGACUCCAGGAGCAAGAAAAAGCCAGUGAGAAGAAGAUAUGAGCCGUAUGGGAUGUAUUCUGAUGAUGAUGCUAAUAGCGACGCAUCGAGUGCUUGCUCCGAGCGCUCAUAUGGUUCUAGGAAUGGAGGCAUUCCACACUAUCUACGACAAACUGAAGAUGUGGCUGAGGUCCUAAACCACUGUGCCAGUUCCAACUGGUCGGAGAGAAAAGAAGGGCUCAUAGGCCUUCAGAAUUUAUUGAAGAGCCAGAGGACGCUGAGCCGAGUCGAAUUAAAACGGCUAUGUGAGAUCUUUACGCGCAUGUUUGCUGACCCUCACAGCAAGAGAGUUUUCAGCAUGUUUCUAGAAACCCUGGUAGAUUUCAUCAUCAUCCAUAAAGACGACUUGCAAGAUUGGCUGUUCGUUCUCCUGACACAGUUACUUAAGAAAAUGGGAGCAGACUUGCUAGGAUCUGUGCAGGCAAAAGUUCAGAAAGCUCUGGAUGUAACAAGGGAUUCUUUUCCGUUUGAUCAGCAGUUUAACAUUUUGAUGAGAUUUAUUGUAGAUCAGACCCAAACACCAAACCUCAAGGUAAAAGUUGCAAUCCUGAAGUACAUUGAGUCCCUGGCAAGACAGAUGGACCCAACAGACUUUGUGAACUCCAGUGAGACCAGACUUGCUGUAUCUAGAAUCAUAACUUGGACAACAGAACCAAAGAGCUCAGAUGUAAGAAAGACUAUGCAUAGUUGGGUAGGUGAGGAUUUGCCAGCUAGAUCAACUACAGCCUCGUCAGGGCCUGGUGAAGGAAACUUGGAAGAGAAAUGUAAACAGGCAGCACAAAUAGUCCUGAUUUCACUGUUUGAACUGAACACUCCCGAGUUUACCAUGUUACUUGGUGCCUUGCCAAAAACAUUCCAAGACGGUGCUACCAAGCUCCUCCACAACCACCUCAAGAACUCCAGUAACACUAGCGUGGGUUCUCCUAGCAAUACUAUUGGUCGGACUCCUUCACGGCACUCUAGCAGCAGGACCAGCCCCUUAACUUCCCCUACCAACUGUUCCCAUGGUGGACUGUCACCAAGUCGUUUCUGGGGUUGGAGUGCAGAUGGGCUGUCGAAGCACCCCCCUCCCCUUUCUCAGCCUAAUUCCAUCCCCACUGCUCCUUCCCACAAGACUUUCAGACGCUCUUACUCGCCCAGCAUGCUGGAUUAUGACACGGAGAACCUAAAUUCCGAUGAAAUCUACAGCUCUCUUCGUGGAGUCACAGAGGCAAUUGAAAAGUUUAGUUUUCGUAGUCAAGAGGAUCUGAAUGAACCAAUCAAACGUGAUGGAAAGAAGGACUGUGACGUGUCUCGAGAUGGUGGAAUAGCUGCACCUGCCAGCGAUGUACGUGGAAGCAGUGAUGUCAUGGAAGGAGGAAGGAUGGCUCUAGAUAACAAAACCUCCCUACUUAAUACUCAGCCUCCACGCGCCUUUUCAGGGCCCCGAGCCCGAGAUUACAAUCCCUACCCUUAUUCGGACACAAUAAACACCUACGACAAGACUGCCUUGAAAGAGGCUGUGUUUGAUGAUGAUAUGGAUCAGCUUCGGGAUGAAGUAUCCAUUGAUCAUUCUGAUUUGGUGGCUGAUCUUCUGAAAGAACUGUCCAACCACAACGAACGAGUGGAAGAACGGAAAGGAGCCCUGCUCGAGCUAUUGAAGAUCACACGAGAAGAUAACCUGGGAGUUUGGGAGGAACAUUUCAAAACCAUUUUGCUCUUGCUGCUAGAAACACUUGGAGACAAAGAUCAUUCAAUAAGAGCGCUGGCAUUAAGAGUAUUGCGGGAGAUCUUAAGAAAUCAGCCAGCAAGAUUUAAGAACUACGCAGAGCUAACCAUCAUGAAAACACUGGAAGCACAUAAGGAUUCCCACAAAGAGGUUGUCAGAGCUGCUGAGGAAGCUGCUUCCACCCUGGCCAGUUCCAUACACCCCGAACAGUGCAUCAAAGUGCUCUGCCCCAUCAUUCAAACCGCUGACUACCCGAUUAAUCUAGCUGCCAUCAAAAUGCAGACAAAAGUCAUUGAAAGGAUUUCAAAAGAAUCUUUACAUCAGCUGCUUCCUGAUAUCAUCCCUGGAUUGUUACAGGGGUACGAUAAUACAGAGAGCAGCGUUCGCAAAGCCAGCGUGUUUUGCCUAGUGGCAAUUUAUUCAGUAAUUGGAGAAGAACUGAAACCUCACCUCGCACAGCUCACAGGAAGCAAGAUGAAGCUACUAAACUUGUACAUAAAGAGGGCCCAGACCACCAAUAGUAACAGCAGCUCAUCUUCAGAUGUUUCAACGCACAGUUAAUGGAGAUAUCUGGACAUGUGUGUAGACUUAGAAGCAAUCAGCGGUGCCUCUCAGAGACCUUUCUGCUACUCUUUCUUCAUUGGCACGUCCCAUCAACUAAAGGAGGCCACGCAGAUAUUUAUUGCAAUCAGUAUUUUAGUCCUUUAAAGCUUUUAUGUAGACUCUUAUUGGUACUGAAUGUAAAGGAAGCAAGGCCUGUGUUGCAGUCCUCAUUUAAGAAAAAACAACAGUAGAAAGCCAUACUUAAACAUAUUGGUAUAGCCAGCUGAAAUCUUUACCAUAUGUUUAGGUUGCAGUGUUUCAGAACUGAGUCCAAACAACAUGUUUAUGCUUAAAAGCGAAGUGAGUCCUUUUUUUAGUUAAUUUAACACAAAGUUUUAUUUUUUAACGUUUUAAUUUCCUGCUGUGGAAGCAAUUUUUCCUUCUGAGCGUAACCCAUUUUGGCUAGACCCUUCACCUCACACGUGCAGUGGUAUGUCCCAUUCUAUAACUCUGAUCUGAAACUUGCCUAAACUGCAAGAUAUUGAUGAUGAAAUCUUUGCAAAUAUUGCCAUUCCUCUGGCAUUUAAAGCUUUAAGACGGAUUGGUACCUUUAUUGAGUAAUUAAAAAAAUCCAAGUUUUAUAGAUAAAGAUCCAGAUUUCCAUCUGGGCUAAGAAUUUCUCUGCAGCUUUUCCCCACCCGCCAGUAUCGUCUAACAAGAGCAGCCUGGGUCUCCUGACUGUAACGAACAAGGUUAACAUCAGCCCUGCCUUCCACCUUCUUCCGUUGCUCAGAAGACCCUGAGGGUUAAUUUUAAAGGCAGGAUAGUGGGUUUGUCAUCAGGAAAUAUAAAGGGGAACUCUUAACCGGACAAAAUAUUCCUGUACAUUUAAACUUGCAGCUAUGGGGUUUGGUCCUAGUGUUUAAUAAGACAGUGCCCCCCCUCUCCUGCACACCCACACAUAACCUUGUGCCUAAAAAGCCUGCAGUGUAGUUAACCAGCAUUUUAACCUCUUCCUCGCUGACAGAACCAGAGUACAAUCCUGCAAGGCACUUAGCACCUCUGGAUAGGUGUUGAGUGGCCUCAGCUGCCAUUGGCUUCGGUGGAGAUGGGGUCACUCAGCCCUUGCAGGAUUGGGCCCCUGUAAUAGGCAAGGCUGGCAGAAUUCUUUAAUGGACUGAUCAGCAUGGGGAAAACUUAGAACCAACCCAGCCCCAGUGAAAUAUACCAGCAGAGGGGUCCCCCAGGCUCUGCACAUCCCCUGCAGAGUUGCCUGGUGUCCCACCCAGGGAAGGCUAAUGCCAUGUCGACUCAACACUCCACACUCCCACCCCCCAUCAGUAUGUUGAAAGAUCUGAUCCUGAGAGGUGCUGAGUGGCCUUCUUCUCCCAUUGAAAUCAAUAAUAGUUGAGGCUGUCUCAGGACCUGGCAGAAUCAGGCCCCAAAGCAGAAGGUUUUUCAGCCUCUUUCAUCCCUUGUGUGAUAAAGUCAAAGGGACGAUCCGGCUCCUGUUUUUUUCAGGAUAGGCCCGAUCUUACACUGGCUGCAGGAUCAGGCCAUUUGUCUGCUGCUCUUCCUGCAUAUAACACUAUCAUAAGAGAGAUCUUUACUAGCCUGUAUUGUGGUUUUUCCCCAAAGACUCACCGCAGACUCGAAAAUGCCUUCAUUGGAGGGAGGCUGUUAUAACCUGUGCUAGCCAGUAAAAUCCAGUUUCCCUUCAUGUGGACCAUUCACUUUCACCCCUUCUCGAGAGGUUUUCUUCUUCAUUUUUUAAUUCUUGUUGUGGAUGAUUUGAAUUAUUUUAGUUUAACUUGAAUUAAUUUUCCCUUUUGAGGAAAUAUUCAAUCAAUCUGUUGGCAGCAAUCAGCUGUCCUGUUUGAAUUUUUAGGGUGUUUUAUUUUUAAACUGCUUUCCUAACAGUCAGUAUUUUAAAAGUCUCUUUUCCCAUCUCAGUUCAGCAUCUUCUGGGGUCCAGACCUCAGAAGUGGGAUGCCAGGUCUGCGAAAUUGACUGUGUUGUGUGCUUAGUCCUUCCAGCUGUCUGACCGAUCGUGUUCCAUCCCCGUUUGCUGUCUGUUGUUUGAAUGGCACACGGUGGCGGAUCUGUGGGAAUUGAACUCCUUCGGAAAUGAUUUUAUAUAUUUUAUAAAAUACUGUUAGUAUGCACUGAGUGAAUGCACUGUAACGUCCAUAAACUGACCUACCGCCUAUGCUGACACUACAGUGCGAAUUAACAACUCGUCUCUUAGAAAUACAUGUCAAAUAUGUUGCUGCUGCUGCUUUGAGACUUCAGUGAUGAGCUUGUAUUUCCAGAUGUUAUUAGCAGAAUUGGGGCUGCAAAUCACAGAACCAGGCCUUACUUGCUUAAUCAGAUACUGUUUUGUUUAUCAACAGAUGCUCAUUAAUGUGAUACUUUGUUUCAUUACACGAGUCAAUCAAGGACCGUUCAGCCUUUGAGUACUCUAGAUGUCUGUUACACCUGUACACAGUAGGAGGCAUUCUGCUUCAAUUAUUUAUAAAGUCAUUUGCCUAUAAUGUACAUAGUAAGGUUGGUUUAGAGGUUUGAACAUGACUGGAUUUUCCUUUGAAGUACUCGAAGGGCUAGCUCUGAAUGUCACUGGUAUGAUCUCCCGUGUUCUGCAUUCUGAAAACUGUUCAAUCAUAUUUUCUUUCGCAAGCAUAAAGGUCUCUCCGGCUACAAAUCUGACAGUGUCCGGGGACACUUGCAGAGAAGGAUCUGCAUGUUGGCGAGACAUCACUGCGACAGUGAGGCAGGUGUUAAUGUUUUCCCAGCAGUAGCCACCUACAACAGCUGCCUUUUUCUUGCUGCCCAUUAUACAGGGCUUCAGUUUUUGGUAUCUUACAAGAAAAAUGUGUCUUUGAUUUGCCCACCAUGCUUAUAAAGUCUGACUGUGAGGAACUGUGAAAAUACCAGCACCCUUUGGCUGUGGGAUUGCUUAAAUCUCAGACAAGGAUGGCCCUUCUGUCAUUGGCUGUACCAGUGCUCCGUGGGCAUGAGCAAAUCAAUUGAUACGUCCCCCUCACAGUUUUAAGUACAGUAGUUCUCUCCGUAGUGCAGAAUUAUUGAGGCAUGUGGCUUUCAUAAGGUACACUAUGUGUGCUUGCCUGGAUUACAAUACAAGACCAGACUUCUUUUCUAUUGCUUAUUACUAGCUUACCAAUAACCUGUAUAAGUAACGUAACUCGCAUCUUUGUCAUCGAAAUCUUUUCCCCCUCCUCAUCCCUUUAUUUAUCAAGCAUAAUCUGACAUAUUAAGGGACAGAAAAUCAGACUUUGUAGAAUACAGCAGGACUUUGCUAACAAUAAUGUUUUAAAUGGGAAGUAAAAACUGCUCUGAAAAAUGUCAGCCAUAAGAAAUGAUUUUGUUGGCACGGUAUUCAUGUGCAUGUAUUUUUUUUCUUUUUUUCCUUCUUUUUUUGGCUUUUGUCAUGUUACAUCCAUAUCUGUAUUUAUAUCUUAUUUGUUUAACUUUUGAGUGUAUCAUGGCAAAUGUACAGAUGUUUUUUGUUAACAUUUAUGUGAUAGAAUUUGCUAAAAAAAAAUAAAUAAAACCUUUUGCGUUUGCCCUAGAAUAAAUGAAACUUAAGUUUAAUUUCCUGCUGAGCCAUCUUUAAAUUACUGUUUGAUACCUACAGCUCGUAUCUGUUCAUUCACAUGGAUAGACCGAAAGCUUUUACCUUUCGUUUGAUAACAGCAAAUGUUGAUAUUAUUUAUAUAGCAACACCGCCAUGGUAGGCAUUUUACAGACAAAUACUAAGACAGAGCCUCUGCCCCAUGGAUCUUACAAUUGCAGAGCUUAGACCCAAUUCUGGAGGAUUGUGGGAUGUUGCUUGGCAACCGUCCGUUUCGAAGGACGAUGGUAUAAGUGCUGAAGCAGUUCAGGAGCCAUGUUGUAGCAUCGUGACUAAAAAGUCCAAUUCUCGAGUCCUUGUCACAGCUAAUGGAGGCUUAAGGUGAGGGCCAGAAGAUGAAGCCAGUGCACUGCUGGCGCUCUGUGGCCUGCUGUACUUUCCUCUCAGAUUUAUUUGCUUUCCCUUCUCUCAACCCCCUCUCUUCAGCCUCGCUGACUCCCUGCUGCAGUGCAGCCUGUUGCUAGCUAUAUCUUCCCAGCUUGUGGUGGUCAUGGUGAAAGUUUUCAAGUCCCUCUUGCAGAUGUCCUUAAACCUGAGCCUAGGUCAGCCCAGUGGCCUUAGAGCAGCCCCAUGUUCCCCAUACAGGAGAAACUUUGGGAUGCAUAUACACACAGGCUUCAA